UUAGGAGGGUCUCUCCAGUUAACUGAAGGGAUUGAGACUCCUGAGUCUCAGCUUUUAAUUGAAUUCAUUAAGAAGAAAACUUGCCAUUAUAUUAAAAUGGAAGUUAUGCAGCUUCAAAGAAAACAAUCUAGCGAUGGCUAUAAAAUUUUUCAAGAAAAUCAUGAAUUGCAAUAUUUAAUGGAGUUAUAUAUAAAUACUUUGAAGUUACCUCUUGCUAAAAGAAGAAGAGCUUUAGCACAUAUAGAGAAAGAAGUAUCUAUGCUUUCUUCAAUAGAAUCUUCUGAUGCCCGAAACAGGGCUAUGUUGAAAAGAGACGAAUUACGUAAAUCCAGUUUAGCUGAAAAUGAGAAAAAAGUCAAAAGCGAAAUUGCAAAAAUUUGGGCAGAAAUUGAUAAUAUGAGUUUAGGUUUAGAGCAUUUUUUUCGUGAAUUUGGUCAAAUUUAUAAAAUAAUUUCUGUUAAAGAUCAAAGAGCUGAAAUUAUGAAGUUACCAGAAUUUUAUGCGGAAUUAUUAAUUAGUGGACAUACUAUAGAACUACUUGAUGGUGAUACUGGAACUAUAUCUGAAGCUUGGUUCUCGGCUAUUUGCAAACAUAUCCACAAAUCAAAACCUAAUCUUCGAAUUUUUGUAAUUAGUAUUCUUGGUUUACAAUCAUCCGGCAAGUCAACUCUUUUGAAUGCUCUUUUUGCAUGUAGAUUUGCAGUUUCAGUUGGACGAUGUACUAGAGGCCUCUUUAUGCGACUAUUAUUUUUAGAUGAGGAUCUAUCUAAUCAACUUGGUGUUGAUGCAUUUGUUUUGAUCGAUACUGAAGGCCUUGGUGCUCCAGAAAAGAUGAAUGAACCAGAAUCAGAAAAAAAAGACCGAAUAUUAGCAACAUUUGCAAUGGGAGUUAGCAAUUUAACAAUCCUUAAUGUACUCGGAGAAUCUACGCGUGACUUAACUGAAAUUUUGCAAAUUGCCAUUGUAACUAUGGCACGUCUUGAAAAAGCUGAUAUGGCCCCGGAUAUUCUUAUGGUACAACAUAUUUCUGAAAGAAAUAAGGCAAAGUUAUCUGAGCCAGAAGAGAAAUUUCGAGAAGCUCUCCGAGAAGCUUUGCGAAUAGCAGAUGAACAAGAUACUGUGAUGGGAAUAUCUAGCAUAAAAUGUCUCCAAAUUCUUGACGAGAGAAUAAAAAAGGGUCAGCUUCUUAGACAAUUUCGACCGUUCAAAAAUGGUGCAACUGCUCAUGCUCCACCAUCAAGACAAUAUCAUGAAGAUAUUGUUGGUUUAUAUAAUUCUAUACUUGAGGAUUGUAAGAAUUCACAAGGGAAAAUUGAAUUUGUGAAAUGGA